CAGAUUUUAUGUCUGGAUGGCGGUGGCAUUAGAGGCAUCAUAUCGACACGAAUCCUCAUGCACAUUGAAGCCAUCACCCGUUCAACCAUCUUCAACCUCUUCGACACGAUUGCCGGCACGAGUACUGGUGGCAUACUCACCAUUGGAAUCGCCAAGGGUAUGAGCCUGCUACAAAUAAUGGAGAUGUACUUCAAGUUCAAAGAGAUGAUGUUUCACGGGGCACGCCCUUAUGACACGGAGAAACUGGAGAAGUAUCUGAAGCAGGAAUUCGGUGAAAAUGUCAGACUGGGAGAUCUAGUUGGACCUAAGAUAAUGUUGAUGUCGGUGCUGGCAGAUAGGAUGCCAGCAGAACUGCACAUCUUCAAGAAUUAUGAGAUCCCAGGCGCCGGGCACGUUGCGUACCAUUCCACCGAUAAGAGAUUUCCACCGCUGCCUAAACCAAAAGAUGAAUAUGUAUGGAAAGCCCUGCGGGCUACCACAGCAGCAACCUCGUACUUCAAAGCCUAUGGCAGGUUCAUAGAUGGUGCUUACAUUGCAAACAAUCCAACUCUUGACGUACUCACUGAGAUGUUUAAACUCAUGAAGGCUCAUGAAAAUAAUGAGGAUUGUACCGUCAAGCCAAUACACAUUGUUGUGUCUGUGGGUACAGGCAAGUUGCCGGUGAAGAAAGUUGAGGUGUGCGACAUUCAAAUGCCUAGAUCCAUCUGGGAGCUGCCUAACUUCUUCUCAAACUUCAUGAAUGUCAGUGAACUGCUCAUUGAUCAGACCUUUCAACCAGAGGGCCAUAUAGUGCACAGGGCAGCAGCAUGGUGCGGCAUGAUUGGCGCUCCCUUCUUUAGACUGAAUCCCACCAUCAGUCAAAUGGUUGAACUGGACUGCAAGGACGAUCUCAUACUCGUCAACAUACUCUGGGAGACUGAAUGUUAUAUCGAGAAGAACAAAGCAGUCCUCGAUCAGCUAUGCAGGCUUCUAGUUGAAAGCAGACAGAUCUGA